AUGUAUUACCUGUACAGGCUGAGCCAUCGGGAGAGGUGUCCCACGUAUAAUUUGGCGGCGGGCUGCGUAUUGAGGACGGUUGCUGAACAGUGUUGCGGUGUACCGGACUGCACGGGAGCCACGGGCACAGGGACAGGCACCAUGACCGGUCAGACGACCGGCUGUUACUACAAGAACAACGUGUAUACGCAGAGCCAGACGUGGAGGGACGGGUGCGACUAUAAAUGUGAAUGUACCGACGCCUCGAUGGGACGAUACAGAUGCACUGCUCUAUGUGUGGUGUGGAACCUUCCCCCGACCUGCCACUGGGACGCUCCAGCCCCCGGAAAGUGCUGCCAGACUCCCAACUGCCCUUCAGAUGUCGUCCUAAGUUACCCACCAGGCUAUACGGUGGAAUAAGAAACGCUUCACGACGUUUUCAAGACGUUC